AUAAUAUGAUUUUUUCAAAUUUUACCACAUUUAUGGUAUUAUUGCUGUGCGUAUCACGUCAUGCUUUUGCGUCGGAAUCGGAAAAUAAUACAAUCGAUUGUACCGAAUAUAGAUCGUGCACAAAAUGUGCAAACGAAACGUUGUGCAGUUGGUCGUUGGAACACCAGAACUGCAUACAACCGGAAGAACUGCAGGGCAACUUGAUGGUGCACGUGAUGGCCGACUGUCCGCAGUUCACGGUGGCCAAAUUUUCGUGGCUGAAAGACGCGUUGUAUUCUUACACGUUGACCGUGUCCAACGACAAGAAAGACUUCAUGGCGUAUCUCCGCAGGGUGACGAUCACGUGCUCGCUACAAACGGUCAACUUCAGGGGCCGAGUCGAUCAGAACGACAUCAAGUGCGAYGGCAUUAAACGGACGCAAGUCGAUUUCCAGUUCAACAGGCAGACGAUUUACUUCUAUUACGUCAAGUUCAACAACAACUCGGUGACCCUGAGGCUGGACAACGAUUCGGACUAUUACGUACCGCACUAUGAUCACGAAUGCGGCAUCAAGAGAGACUACGAUUGCGUGACGUGCGCGUGGACUGCCGACGGGUACAUCAACUACUUCAAACGGUGUUCAAGCGCCAACCAGUGUUCGGGGUUGUACCAGUUCUACGACAGGCGGUACGCACAGAAUUUCACCAACCCCGUCGCGACCUCGAUGGCGGUGCCGUUAAAGUGCGCCAACGCGAGCGUCCAGUCGGUGGAACCUGUUACGGCGCCGUGGACCGGCGGCACGGUGGUACGAAUCGCCGUAAAGAACCACAGGAUACUAGCCGAGAAGAAGUCGGUGAAAGUGACAGUGGCCGGGCGCGAGUGCGCCGACCCGAGAUCGGUUGAAAACGAGACAAUCGCGUGCACCGUGUCGCCACCGCCGAAGCAGGCGGCCAGCGACGUCGCUAGGCUGGCAGUAGGCUUGAUCGUGGUCGAGUACGGUCCGCGCCAGAGGUUCAGUAUCGCGUCCGCGUUCGCGUUCAAGCUCCUAGAUCCCCGGCUGACGAACGUGAGCCCGACCUGUGGCCGGCUGUCGGGUGGAACUCCGCUGACCAUCACGGGCGAACAUCUGGACACCGGUAACGCCGUGCGCGUAGUGGUUGGCAACGACACGGCGUGCACUGCGGUCGUCCGCUCGCCGGACCGUAUUUUGUGUUCGACGGGCGCCGCGGAAGCUCCAACCGACGGUGCCGUCAGGGUGGUGUUCGACGGCGGGUUAACCAAACAAGCGCAGAACGCUGACCGACAGUCUUUCGCUUACACCGGCAACCCGGUGCUUGACGCGUCGCAAUCGUUGGCGGGCAUCGUUUCGGGCGGCACAGCAGUCCCGGUCCGGGGACGUYAUUUCUCUUGCGCGCGCAACACCACGAUGAUCGUCCACCUGCAAAACGGCAUCGUCCAGCAGACCCGUUGUCAGAUACACAACGAUACGUGCAUGGUGUGCCGGUCCCCUAAACUCAACGUGGACGAUCUCCCGACACGACGCGUGGACAUGAACACCACCGCGGCCGACGACGACGACGCCAAGGCCACUCCGAUUGAAGUGUUGGAUUUGGAACUCCACGUGGCAUACGAUGAUGGCUCGAUCGUGAAACUGCGGUCCGGCCACGACGUUGCAAUGCCCAGGUACCGCUUGUACGCGGAUCCCGUGUUGGACGUCUUUGCGACGGACGGCAACGCGGUCACUGUCAUCGGCCGGAACCUGGACUGGGGUUACRCACAGUACCGURUCAAUGACACGGUCGUCUGGUUACUCAUGAAUGACGACUUGGCCACUCACACUGCGUGCGACGUGACGUCCGUUGACCGGUACAGGAUCGUGUGCGUGCCGAAAGCCGAGGCCGAUUUGGACACUCUACGCGCCGUCGACGUCACUUUCGGUGUAUCUUUAAGGCGUGUCGUCCACAAAAGGCCCACCGGUUCUGUCGAUAACAGUCGACUGUCUUGGACCGAUGGCCUUACCAUCGUUGUCGUAACUGUUUCGGGGGCGUUGCUGUUGUGCGGCGCGUGCCUUAUGCAGUUAUGCGGAAGAAAAACUAGGAACAACUGCAGCACGCCGCUCUUCGAGUUGCAAACACCGGAUACCGGAAUAGUAUCGAAACACCACCAAUGUAGCUCUGCAGGACAACUGCACUAAUAUUACAUAUAUUCUUACAUUCAAUUUAAAAUAUAAUAUCACAUGGAUUGAGAGCAAUAAUAGUAAAAAAGUACUACAAUGUGUAUAAUAUAGAAUGAUUCAUCUGUUGCAAGCAUGCUCACAWUUCUGAUUUUUAAAAUUUUUAAAUAUUAUUUUAGACAAUAUUUUUACAUUGUAGAGGUUAAUAUAUUCUUUAAGGAGUGUUCUUUGGCGAUACGGGUUUCUGGUUUUCCGACGAGAACCUCACUUUCUUAUUAAAUUAUUUAUCAGGUAAGUAUAAUUUUAUCGAACAUUUUGAUACACCCAUCAUACUCAAUUCAAAAUUUUAACGAGCAAAACUCAUUUAUUAGAACGUUUAUUUUUAUAUUUAUAGUAUAAUAGACAAUAGUCCUUAAAAUGGUUUUACAAAAAUAUUAAAUAACAUUGUACUCAUAAACUUGGAUGACGUUACAAAUUAUAAAUGUUAAAUGUUGAUAGAUUAAUAUUAAUUACUUUUUCAAAUCAUUUAAGUUCCCACUUUCCAUAUCUUCUUGUCUUAACACAUUAUUAUGGACCUAUUAUCUUUAGCACACAAUGUCAAUCAACCCAAAAACAACUCGUUCGAAAUUUGAUAUUAAUACGAUAACAUUUACAUCAAAAAAAUACGUAUACAAAAUAUAUUUACAGUAAAAAAGAUGGAUUCUCAAUUGAAAAUGAGUAAUUUGUAUAUUCACAAGAUACUCCAGUAAGUAGUGCAACAAAUC